CUCACCCUCUCAUAUGAACAAGCUUGUACAUCGACACGGCACUUGCCCCAUCCUAAAGAACACCCGUCAGUGCCUCAUGUCUACCGAUGCGCAUUCUGUUAAGGCCAAGGUCGCCUCCGACGGUCCGCGAGAGGCACCCACUUUACCAAAUCAACCAGACCCUCAGGACUUGUCGGGAAAGGAGCUUGAGUUAAAGGCCGCAUUCAAGGAGGCACAGGAGGAAUUAGCAAAGAUGACCAGAGAAGAGAAAAUGAAAAUAUUUCCUUGGAUGAAGGACGAGCCACCUUCCGGGGUGCCCGCUGAUAAGGCCAUGGCCAUCUUGGCGGAGAUGGAGGAGCAGGAAAGGAGGGAGGCUGAAGCUGAGGACGAGGACGAAGCCACUGGCACUGGUGCAGGCAAGGCCUCUUGACAGUAGAUGGCAAAAGACAGGGCCCAACUGAGUCUGACCUCACAAUCGACUUGGGGCGAGGGCGAGGGGCAAUAACAUCACACAAGCCAAAAUUGGCACGAAACUGCGUGUUGCUGCCGAGUGGAUCAUCCGUGCUGGUGAUAAGCUGUGGGAGGACUCGCUGCUCGGGAUCCUGACCCGACGUUAGUAGAUUGCGCGGUUUCAUCCCAUCGGGGCCGGUUUGACCCUGGCCAUGAAUGGCAUUAACCUCGACCGUUGGGGCCUUUGGAAGCGCAGGUUUGGCGAGGUGCGUGGUAUUAUUAAGGGCCAGGCGACGAUACUGUUGGUCGGGCUUCGGAUAUUACGACGGCAUCAGAGAAGAAGUCAGCUGAGGCGCUGUAACGUUAGAUGUGGACUUGUAUUGCACUUACUUCGAGGCAAACUAGGAGUAUUUGACAUUUUUGA